CGCCAUUUUAAAAUUUACAAGAAUAAUUGAUUGUAAUUGGUCAGUUUCUUUACUGCUUACGUCUUACUGCUUACAUUCAUUUGUGUGUGAUAGCCUUUAUCUGUGCCUCCGUGACAGCCUCCGUUUCCUAACCUAAAUUGUUAUCAACUUUAACAGUUUAUAUCUUGCUCCACAAGGCAGAGCGACGAUUUUUUCAAAUAGAAAAGUUGUUUCUCUUGCAAAAACGCGUCGAUUAAAUAUUUUUUCGUCGAUAUCGAAGAUGCAAGACGCAGUUUGCCUCAAUUUUGGUGUGUUAACUAAUAAGGAAUUGAACUUUAUGCUUCAAUAUGAGAGUAAUAUCACAUUGUUAGUUUUUGUGAUUUCUGUACCUUCCAUAUCAACUUCCUGAAUCCAAUGGGAAUGAAAGAAAUAAUGCAGAUCACAGACAACAGGAAGGAAAACACUACAGAGAUAACUGAUAUAGAAAUUGUAGCAGAAUUCCGCUGAAAGAUGCAAUUACCACGUGCAAUCUUGAGUCCCGUGCUUUCGGAUAAAUCAAAAAUAACAGAUGAAUUCAGAGAAAAUUUACCAUCAACUCCACGAAAACGACUGCUACGUCAGUCGCAGGGAGAGACACCAACGAAAAGGAAGCGUAUAUCGUUAGAAAAUAUUGAAUUACCUAUUAUGGAUACUUUGAGCAUAGCUGCUGCACCUCUAGAGGAUACUUCAAUGCCAGAACAAAGACUAACUUAUACAUUGUCUAUAAAAGAUAUGGAAAUGACAGCUUCUUUAUGACACAUAAUCCCAGACAUUGACAUGGAAUUGGAACCUGUACAUUCGAGUUUUGAUACAUUUGUAGUCAAAAAGAAAAAUUUAGUUAUUGAUAAGAGGAUAAUAUUAACAGACACAAUGUUAAAAAAAUGGCGUCAAAAUAUAAAUUUUCAAUGCAGAGGGAUGGAAAGACCACAAACAUUUGUGAUACCGUCCAUUGAUCUCUUGAAACAACCAUUACGAUGUAAUACAAACUCUUUGCGCAAACUUUAUAUUAACCACACUGAAAAAAUAUGCAGUAGCACAAACGAAGACAUUGUAUCUGUUUUUAUGCAAACUCAAGAAGAAAUACGUGAAUUACAAAAAACAAGAGAGGACUAUACAGCAUCAAUGACAAUGUUAUUGAUACUACAUCAGGAGAUAAGAACAGAUAUGGAUAUAGAUGUUACUAGUAGCCUUGAAGAUAUAGAAAUUUUACUGGGAAAGAUACAAGAUCCCUCCAUAACAAGAAAUCAACUUUCAUUAUCUUCUACAUGCUCAAGUAAAAAGUCACACUAUAUACCUUUAAUAAGCCGAGAAAUAUUAGCUUUGCUAGAGGUGUUAUGGUCUAAUCAACCAUAUGCAAAGUUCAGUGAUCUCAUCUCAAAAAAUACAAAUACGGAACAAAAUGCAUAUACGAAACAAGAUGCUGCUACAGUCUUUUGUAUUCUUCUCAGUCUAAAGUUUGUUUUCUGUGAAGCUGAAGUGAGGCACCAAAUUAAAUAAUAAAAAUGGGAACUGACAAUGCAAGACAGUGAGGCAAAAAACUAAUGCUAAAUAAAUAUGUCUUGAAAAAUAUAUAUAAAUAUAUGUAUAAGGUAUAUGUAAAUGUAACAAUACGUUAUGAUUUAUGCAUAUAUACAACUAUGUAGGCAGUCUGAAAAGUUCACGACCUGACACAUACAUGGCAUUAGAAACUAUCAAACUAUAAUUGUAUUGGAAAGUGUCAUCCCUGAUAUAAACACAUGUAAAAUUUUAUUCGAUCUGUCAAAUCAUUCGAGUAGUAACACCAAGCUUGAAAAAGCUUUGUGCAAGAUGGGUGCUGCAUUUGCUAACAAUUGACCAAAAACGCAUUCGAAUGCGUAUUUCUCAAGCAUGUUUGGAUCGUUUUAAGCAAAAUGAAAUGGAUUUCAACCGUUGUUUCAUAACUGUUGAUGAAACUUGGAUCCAUUACUAUACACCAGAGUGAAAAGAACCUUCCGGAAUCACACUUUAAUGAUGGUAUUGAAUUAUUGGAAAAACGUUGGAAUAAAUGUAUUGAAAUUUCAGGAGAUUAUAUUAAAAAAUAAAACAUUUCACGGCAAAAAAAAUUUCUCUCAUUGUUAGGCCGAGAAUUUUUCAGACUGCCCUUGUAUAUAUAUACACAAAUAUAAAUUUGUAAUAAAUUCUUUUUUAAAAAACUUUCUGAUUUUAUACAAACUUGUACAAUAUAAGUUAGAAUGAGAUAAAUAUACUUUUCUUUACUCCAA